AUGAAUAAUACACAACUAGAAGAAUGGUAUAAUAAUAUCUUUGAAACACCAAGAAAACGGAUUAAAAUUAAUGGAGGGGUUAUUGAAUAUGAACAAAAAUUAAAUCAAAUUAAUCAAUUUUCAGGAGGAAUUCUUGAAUAUAUAGAAAUGAAUAGUAAAGAAAAAGAAGGAUAUUAUGAAAUCAAUGGAAAUGAAGAAAAAAAAGAGGCAAUAGAAAGUUAUAUUGAAUUUCUUGAAUAUUUUUAUUAUCAAAGAGAAGAUAAUAAUUGGUUUCAUCCAAAUAAAAUGAUAAAUAAAGAAGGAAUGGUAUAUAAAGAAUGUGCAAAAAAAUUAGGAAAUAUUCUUUGUUGUGGAGGGGAUUUAGGUGAUGGAUUAAAAUAUUUUGGAAUGUAUGAUGAGUGUGGAAGAAUCUUAGGAGAAUUAUUUAUAAUUAUGGGAGAAUGGAUUUGUAAUUCAUUUAAAAGAGAUAAAGAAAGAAAAUGGAAGGACUUUGUUAGUGUAGGAAUGAAAUGGGCAUUAGUUUGUAGACCAAAAGAAAUGUUAAAUAAUUAUAUGAUGGUUAAAAAUAUUAUUGACUUCUAUAAUUUAGAAAAACGAGGAAUAAACAAUAUGAAUAGAAACUAUUAUAUUCUUGUUUUAUUGAUUAUAUCACAUAUUAAUGGUUCUUAUUGUGAUUUAAAAGAAGAAGAUGGAUUUUAUUGUGACAGAAAUAAUUUAAUUAAAUGUAGUAAUGGAGAUCAAAUUUAUUCUAUCACAUGUCCUUUAGGUUGUAAUCAAACAACUCCUUUUAAAACAACAUGUUCAGGAACAUCUUCAUGUUUUUAUGGAUAUCCAGGUAGUUUUUGUGAAUUAAAAGAAAAUAAUGAUGGAACAUACCUUAAUGGAAUAACAGUAUGUCAUAGAAAUGGAUUACAACAUUAUUAUUCAUGUACUCACAAAUGUGAACAAUUAACUGACUCAUUUGCUAAAUGUAUUCCUGAUAAUACAUGUUCUCAAAUAACAACUACAUCAAAAACAUUUGGCUAUUGUCCAUCACCUCAUUAUCCAAUUUAUUCAAAUACAAAAUAUGAAAUGGCAUUGAACGAUGCAUUAGCAAGAGAACUUCAGCAAGAAUUGUUAUUAAAAUCACCAUAUUGUCCAUUUAUGGCAUAUUUAACAUCAUGUAGUAUUGUAUAUCCUGAAUGUACAUCAAAUACAAUUAUAUCUAAUAAUGAUAAUAGUCAAUGUAUAGUUAAUUGUAAUAAUUAUUUACAAUGUUCGAGAGCAUCAGGAUUUUCAUUGUCAUUGGAUUGUACAUUAUUAUGUUCAAGUAAUAAAAUCAAUAUUAUUAUUACUGUUAUUUUAUUAAUUGUAUUAUUUUACUAA